UGCAUCCACUCUGUAUAAAUUGUGAAUUCUAGUUCAUGAUCUCUGAUACUUAAAAUAUGAAUUUUUUUUUUCAUAGAACUCAUUUUAAUGUUUUAUAGGGACUCAACCUUAUUUGGGGAAAAAAUGAAAUCUUAGGAGUGUUUGGUUAUUAGCUUGUGCUAGAUUAAUCGUCAUUUUUUAUUCUGAAGCCUGUUAGUUGACUUAUUUAUUUUCCUGUUUUUGGCAACCUACUAUUUAUCAUGGAGAAAAACAGGAGGUCAUGUGAAUGAAUCUUUGUUGACUACAGGGAGGAGGCUUUUAUUUAAGUAUAAUGUAUAAUGGUUAUAUAAUCAUGUAGUUCAUAAAAUCCCUAAUUUACACAUAUAACAUAACUACAAUAUUCAAGCAUUUGAUUAAAUAGUGACAGUAUUUAUGAAGUGCAGGCCAGAUGUUGAAGAGGGAGAAAAACUUAUAAGGAGGCAUCACAAUCAAGCAAAAUGUGCAGAUCAAUCUUUAUUCUUGAAUUUUGCUAUGCAUUCAGUCAGAAUGGAGGCAUGUGAUUGUCCACCAACACAUCAUGUUCCAUCAGAAGAUCAAUCAAAUUCUUCUGUACUUCCUGGAGGAAAACCGCCCCAUAUUGUGGUACAAAAUGAAGAUGUUGUUCAAGCAGAAGGAUACAAUUGCCAUUCUGAGUACUCACAGGUUGAACCGGAAAACUUCUAUUGGGGUAGCAAGAAGAACAGGAGAAAUAAGAACCGUAGUCCAGUGAAAAAGGAGUCACAAGUUGGUGAAAAACCCAGAUCAUCAAUGCAAGAAUCUGAAAAACAAAGAAAAGUUGGUAAUGAUAACUUUCUUAGGAUUUUAUUCUGGCAGUUUCAUAACUUCCGCAUGCUCUUGGGAAGUGAUCUACUUUUAUUCAGCAAUGAAAAGUAUGUUGCUGUGAGCUUGCAUUUAUGGGAUGUCACACGACAGGUCACACCUUUGACAUGGCUCGAAGCAUGGUUAGACAAUGUCAUGGCAAGUGUACCUGAGUUGGCUAUAUGUUAUCAUCGCAAUGGUGUUGUUCAGGGGUAUGAGCUUUUGAAAACCGAUGAUAUUUUUCUUUUGAAAGGGAUAUCAGAGGAUGGGACACCUGCAUUUCAUCCUCAUGUUGUACAGCAAAAUGGUUUGUCUGUUUUGAGAUUCCUUCAGGAUAAUUGUAAACAGGAUCCUGGAGCUUAUUGGCUUUAUAAAGGUGCUGGUGAAGAUGAUAUACAACUUUUUGAUCUUUCCAUUAUCCCCAAAAACCGAUCAUCAGAUGAUAGUGAUGACUCUUCAAGGUCCUUGCCAUCGUCAAUUAGUAGGGGUCGAAGUGAUGCAGUAUAUUCAUUGGGAACUCUCCUCUAUCGAAUUGCUCACAGGCUUUCACUGUCAAUGGCUGCUACAAAUAGGGCUAGGUGUGUGAGGUUCUUUAGAAAGUGUUUGGAAUUUCUUGAUGAUUCAGACCAUCUGGCAGUACGAGCAAUAGCUCAUGAACAAUUUGCAAGGCUGAUUUUAAAUUAUGAUGAUGAGUUGAAUUUAACUUCUGAAUCUCUGGCCCUAGAGUGUGAACUAACUGUUACUGAAGCCAAAGAUUCAUCUUGGGAUGUUGAAAACAGUAAUUCUGAACGAGAAGGUGCCCAUGAGGUAUUUUAUCUGCAUGCUGCUGACAAAUCAGGUGAACAGGGAAAUAUGAUUGAGCACUUAGAAUCAGAAUGUUCUGUGAAGAUGGUUUCUGAUGGACAACCCUCAUCUGGGGAACUGAUAUUGGUCAAUAACAUAGAAUUGAGCAAUUGCGAAGGGGAUGUACCAAUCACGUAUCCUGAUGUUAGCUCUUCAGUUUGUGAAGUGUGUCCAGUUCCAACGCCUGUGGUUCAGACAGUUGCCGACCCAAUCUCAUCUAAGUUAGCUGCUGUACAUCAUGUUUCACAGGCUAUUAAGUCUCUGAGAUGGAUGCGACAUCUUCAGAGUACAGAACCAGAGGUGAUGGAUCAAUUCACUGAAAAUCAUGAUAGACCAUCAUCAUCUUUUAGUGUUUCUGUUUGUGCUUGUGGAGAUGCUGACUGUAUUGAAGUUUGUGAUAUUCGAGAAUGGCUUCCAACAUCCAAGUUGGAUCAUAAGUUGUGGAAACUUGUUCUUUUGCUUGGAGAAUCGUAUUUGGCACUUGCAGAUGCUUAUAAGGAGGAUGGCCAACUGCAUCAAGCAUUAAAGGUAAUUCAGCUAUCAUGUUCUGUGUAUGGAUCAAUGCCUCCACAUCUUGAAGACACAAAAUUUAUUUCUUCAAUGGCUAGUGGCUCAUCCUUGCAGAGAAAACUCAUUGAUCUGAAUGAAAACACAUCAUGGGAUGAUGUAAAAGACGAGACUGUUAGUGGCUAUAUUGAAAGAAAGUCUUCUGUUUACCUUUUCUGGGCAAAGGCAUGGGAACUAGUGGGAGAUAUUUAUAUUGAAUUCCACAAGAUAAAGGGUAAAGAAAUCUCAAUACAAGAUCUGAAAAAACCUGUAACCAAAGAAUUGAGAAUGUCAUCUGAGGUUGUGAAGGAAGUUAAAAGGCUGAAAAAGAAGUUGGUACAAAUUAACCAUAACUGCAGUUCAUGUUCCUUGGUAAACUGCAGCUGCCAGAGUGACAGAGCUAGCAGUGGAAACAGUGCAAGCAGUAGUAGUGCAGCUUUGGGCCUCAUGACUCAUGGUAGAAAGCAUAAUAAACGAUUAUCUGCUAAAAAUGCCAAUUGCUCACCACCAAAAGAUCCAGGAGACGAGUUCAUUAAUGACAAGGAGAAUGGAAAAGAUUUUGACAACAAAUACAUUGAGCAUAGUAAUAAUGGUGGAGAUCUGAAUCAGAUAGAUACUCCUGAGAGUAGAAUGGAAAUCGAAUCUUUGGCUGCUGUAAACCCUAGAACUCUUGAGGGAUCCUCAGAGAUGGAUGCCUCAUGUUCUAGUGUUGUUUCUCAAUCAGAAAAUAAUUCAAAUGAAACACAGAAACUGAAAAAUGGUGGGAUAUUUGAGUACCUAGUUGAACCUCUAGUGGUAAGUGUAGAGUCCAAUCUUGUAGCUGCUCUAAAGUGCUAUGAAGAAGCUAGACAAUCAUUACUUAAACUUCCAAAUAGUUUGUCUGAGUUACAAUCUGUGGUUAAAAAGAAAGGGUGGGUUUGCAAUGAAUUGGGCCGAAUCAGACUUGAGAAUAAAGAAUCAAUUAAGGCUGAACUAGCAUUUACAGAUGCUAUAGAUGCAUUCAGAGAAGUUUCAGAUCAUACCAACAUAAUAUUAAUAAACUGUAAUUUAGGCCAUGGCAGUCGGGCAUUGGCUGAGGAGAUGGUAUCUAAAAUAGAGAAUCUUAAUCUACAUAAUAUUUUCCACAGUGCAUACAAUCAUGCAUUGGAAACUGCAAAACUGAAAUAUUUAGAAUCCCUUAGAUAUUAUGGGGCAGCAAGGUUAGAAUUGAAUGCCAUGAAUGAUCAUGACGAUUCUGUGACAAGCAGCUUGAGGAAUGAGGCACAUACACAGUUUGCUCAUACCUAUCUGCGGCUUGGAAUGCUUUUGGCAAGAGAAAAUACUACUGCAGUUUAUGAAAAUGGAUCACUGGAAGAUACAUGUGUAAGUCACACAAAGCCCCAAGACAGAAAAGCCAGAAAAGAUUUGAGAAAGCAUGAGAUUUCAGCUAAUGAGGCCAUUAGGGAAGCGUUAUCUGUGUAUGAGUCACUUGGUGAACUGCGCAAACAGGAGGCUGCAUAUGCUUACUUCCAAUUGGCUUGCUAUCAGAGAGACUGUUGUUUGAAAUUUAUGAAUUCAGGAAAUAAGAAAAGCAUUUUGCAAAAAGGAGAAAAUAGUGCUGUACAGCGAGUAAAACAGUAUGCAUCUCUGGCAGAGAGGAACUGGCAAAAAGCGCUGGACUUCUAUGGCCCUACAACUCAUCCUAAUAUGUAUUUGACUAUUGUUAUGGAGAGAUCAGCUCUUUCAUUAAGCCUUUCAAGCUUUUUACACUCCAAUGUGGUGCUGGAAUCAGCUUUGGCGCAUAUGCUUGAAGGGCGCCAUGUUUCAGAUACUACUGAGGACACUUUCAGUACUAGAUAUCCUGAAUUACAUGCAAAAUAUUGGAGUCAAUUACAGAUGCUUUUGAAGAAAAUGUUGGCCACGAUUCUUUCAUCGAGUGCAAACAAAACUCCUUGUCAACCAUCUUUGACAUCUAGCAGAUUUGGUGAUGGUGGAAAGAUCAAAGAACUCUACAAGAUGUCCCUGAAGGGUACUGACAUGAUCCAACUGCAUAACAUGCACAACUUGUGGAUAUCGUGAUGGGAAGUUAGUCCAGCUGCACACACCGGGUACAGUGUAUAUAGCUUGUAAAAGUCAUGACAGUAACUUCAUGGUGACAUUUCUUCUCUUGUUAACUAUGGAUCAGUGCAAAAUUAUAAGAAAAACCUAACCAGUA